CACCCACCCACGCAGCACCUCCUCCCAGCCACGCCCCUUUGCAACCCCUCCCUGGUGGCUCUGGUGACUUAGCCAGCUCCCCUCGCCACCCCAGACUCGGUUCCAUGCCAUGGGGAGUCUGAAACCGUGGGCCAGAUACCUGCUCCUGGUUGUGGCCCACCUGCUGGCCCUGAGCCUUGGGGCUGUGGUGCUUCAGGCCAUGGAGGGCCCCCCAGCACUCCAGCUCCAGGCCCAGCUCCAGGCUGAGCUGUCUACCUUCCAGGCAGAGCACAGGGCCUGCUUGCCGCCUGAGGCACUGGCGGAGCUGCUAGGUGCUGUCCUGAGAGCACAGGCCCAUGGAGUCUCCGGCCUGGGCAACGGCUCAGAGGCAAGCAACUGGGAUCUGCCCUCAGCCCUGCUGUUCACUGCCAGCAUCCUCACCACCACCGGUUAUGGCCACAUGGCCCCACUGUCCGCGGGUGGAAAGGCCUUCUGUGUGGUCUAUGCAGCCCUCGGGCUACCAGCCUCCCUAGCACUUGUGGCUGCCCUGCGCCACUGCCUGCUGCCUGUGCUCAAUCGCCCGGGUGCCUGGGUAGCUGUUCGCUGGCGGCUGGCGCCAGCCCAGGCUGCCCUGCUCCAGGCAGCAGGACUGGGCCUCCUGGUGGUCUGUGUGUUUGUGCUUCUGCCAGCGCUGGUGCUGUGGGCUAUCCAGGGUGACUGCAGCCUGUUGGAAGCCGUUUACUUCUGUUUCGGGUCACUCAGCACUAUCGGCCUAGGGGACCUGCUGCCUAGCCAUGGACGUGGCCUGCAUCCAGCCCUUUACCAUCUCGGACAGUUUGCCCUUCUUGGUUAUUUGCUCCUGGGGCUCCUGGCCAUGCUGUUAGCGGUAGAGACCUUCUCAGACCUGCCACAGGUCCGUGCCAUGGUAACAUUCUUCGGGCCCACUGGCUCUAGAACAGAUGAAGACCAAGAUGGCAUCCUAGGCCAGGAUGAGCUGGCUCUGAGCACCACGCCUCCUGACCCCCCAGCAUUGGAGCAAACCAUUCCAGCAUCGCAUCAGAACAGACCCCAGCUUGCUAACACAAAUCGGGGGACAGGGCUCCAGCUCGUUACGUUGGAGGACCCUGAGCAGGAGGCCCUGAGGAGUGCUGGGGAGCACAGCAGGAAGGGGUUGUGGGCCGCAUCUGUGAACCGCCGAGCUCAGCUGGCCCGGGCUAGAAUCACAGAGACGGCAUUAUUAGCCUAA